AUUAGUUCACUACUUUAACGCGACCUAACCCAAAAACCUUUAUUAUGAGUAAGGUCUCAAUUGGUCCGUAAUAAGAGAGGGCACUGAUAAGGAAGUUGACAUGAAUGGGUAAAUGCGGAACUUGAUUACUUGCAAAAGGUAUUUUUUUUUUAAUUUGGUGAUUAAAACAACGUUAUAAUGUUUGGAAACGCCAAUUCGGCCCUGUCACUCCACUGCUGGAUGAGGGGCCCUCUAUCGCCAUAGCUGCUCAGUGCGGGCUUGUCAAGUCGGAUAGGCGCGGUUGGCCACGUACGGUGCGAAAGAAGUUCAACGUACAUGUCGGACAGCAGCAUAAUACAGUACACAACUUUUUUUAAAAAAUGCCCAGUUCUUUGCUGUCUACCGUGUGACCCCCCUCCACCGCAGCCUAUAACACCUGCGUUCUGCCUGGUGGUCACCUGUACAAGUAGAAUUCUAGGACAACCGUAUUCCGGCUUGGGAUCUCACGAGAUCGGGCGCGUCCCCUCCCCCCCCAUCUGUGAUUUUAUCAUCGUACACGUGCAGUCGCAUUUUAAGACAUUGCCCCAAACAAGGAGCGGUACACGAAGAUCCUGGACGAAAGGAGGCAUUUUUAUCGUGAAUAGAAGAACUAUGAAGCAGUCAGUCAUGUGCAGCAGCAGCAAACAACAAAAAAAAGAGUCGCUGGUUUCUUGGAACAGGGCCAGAGAGUACGCGGAACUCCUCCUACUUACGAACGAGUUAGGUUCCAGAGGUCUGUUCACGAAUCGUACAGAAUGGCGUGUGCAGUGGCCACCCCGGUGCUGGAGCCUAGCGGGGACUUCCCGGCGUGGCUGGAGGCGCAGGGCGUGAACGCGGAGGUGGCCCGGGCCAUGGACUCCGAGCUGGGCAUCCGGGACUACGGGGUCCUGCGCGCCUGCGUCGGGGACGGCCUCGUGCGGGCCGAGCUGCUGGCCGCGGCGCGCGACCGCCUGCCCUUCGGUUUCUACGCCGUGCUGCGGCAGGUGGUGAAGGCCCUGCAGGGCGCCGAGCACCACGACGCUGGGACGCCGCACUGGGACAACGCUGCCGCUUCCGCCCCUGGCGACGUGACCCUGGGAGGCCUGGUGGAAGUGCUGCUCGCCCUGUUCAAAGGCUUGAGCCGGGAGCUGCUGCUGUCCGUGCAGAGGCUGAGUGAUUGGGAUGGAGUUCAGUAUCCUAAAGCUUCGUUAGACACAGAUGUGUUCAGUCAAGAAGAUUUGACAGCUGAAAUGGAAGAUGAUCUAAUACAUGAUGAGCCAGAAGAGAUAGAAGAUCCAGUCGAUGAUGACUUAAAACAUAACUUGACAGUGAACCUUUUUAAAAUGGAGCCCUUUCCAGAUGCCGUCACUGAUUUCACAAAUCCCGUGCUGAUACCUCAACCGUCGCAGUGCAACUCUGAAGCGCAAGCUACAAAUGAGCAACUCGGUGAACAUCAUUUGGCUGACCAUCCCGGAAUCUUGAUCCAGAACGUGACUUCACUGCCAGCAUCGGGCACAACCGCUGCGUUCACUCAACCUUAUCCGUGGCCUCAGCAAGAGGCGGCUGAAACAUAUGGUGAAGAAACUGCCGCCAAGAAAAAAUCCCAUCCACCGAAGCAGCAACGCUCAUUUGCAUCGAGCAACAGGAAAACGAACCCGGGAAUCCACAGAGAGCGGGCCGCCUCCGUUGGCAAGAAUGGACCGUACGUGUUAAAACGCCCGAAGGCGGAUAUGCUGGAGGGCACCAAAGAGAAGCCGUACCAGUGCGAGCUGUGCGGCUGGAGCUACUCCCACACCUCCAACCUGAAGCGUCACCUACGCACGCACACAGGCGAGCGGCCGUACCGCUGCAACGUGUGCGGAAAGACGUUCUCGCAGAGCUGCCACAUGAGGUCGCACAAGCGCACGCACACGGGCGAGCGGCCGUACCGCUGUGACGUGUGCGGCAAGACGUUCACGCGCUCCACCAUGCUGCGAUUCCACCAGUGUGCGGACGUGGAACACUUCCCGUGAGCGAGUGAAAUGUAGGAGCUACACGAACGAGCCGGGUCUGCGACUUCAGUUGAUUAGUCUGUAAUAUAAAUAACGCUAUUUCUGCGUUGGAAUAGGGCCAUGGUUUUGGUGGAGUGUUCUUGCCCGUGCUGUGUCCUGUAACUAACCACACGGAGACGUCUGCUGGAGGCAACACGUUUAUUAUAACAACUCUUAACACUCUGUUAACACUACUCUGUUACCCACUACUCUGUUAACACGGAGGGGUACGGCUCCUUCCACUCUGGAUAGCCGAAGGCGGAGACAGCCUCCCUUCUAGUGUACUCUACCCACUCCGGGCGACGGCGGCUAGGGGAAGGCUGGACCGACCGACCCACCCAGGAUACGGGACUCACCCUGGACCGCUAAAACCCUAGCUUAGCGAGGGCCUCGGGGAGGGUCCCAGGGGGUCCGAGCUACCUCGGCUCCGCUACAACCGGCUUAACGGAGCCUUGGUUGAGCGUCCCUGGGUGCCGGUCGGGUCUUCAGAUCUUCAGAUGUCUUCGAGCUUGAGUUGGUGAAUAUUGCCUCGAUCGUCCCCAGGUCGGGGUCACCCCUCCCCUCAUGACCCCCCCGCUAGAACCUUCUGGAAGGUCUGUCGGCCCGUGAGCGUGGUGGCAGGUCAGCUGCCCACAGCGCCUUAUUACGGCGCAACACCUAUAUGUAUAUAUGUUGAACUUCUUUCGCACCGUAUGUAGCCAACUGUGUUAAUGGUGAGGGGGAAGGACAGCAAGCUAAACACAAAGCAGUUGUAAAUAAAUGAGUUUUCAAUCUAGAUUUAAAAGUGCAAAGCUCCAGUGGCCUCCUUGCCUAUAAUAAUCGUAAUUUACACUUAGAAAGUGCGUUUCACCCAGAGGUCGCAAGGUUGUACAAAGCUAAAAGCAAGGAAGUGGUGGGUGGGGGGUCCCCCUCAGCCCCCACCCCUGUCGGCCCGUGAGCGUGGUGGCAGGUCAGCUGCCCACAGCGCCUUAUUACGGCGCAACAUCACCCCCCCCCCCCUCCGUAGCACCCAGCUGUCUCGGCUGGCAACAAUUUCAAAGUGUAAAUUAACGAAAGGGAAAAAAUACGCACGCCUCAACAGGAACAAACAAGAACCUAAUCAUAAAUACCCUAAACCACUUGUACAAACUUACACCAUAUACAUGCGUUAAUCAACGAAGAGGUGAAGCAAUGAUGCGUGAACAAAUGUACCCCCCAAACCAGUGCAAUAAUGUCAGAGCAACGUGUGCCUGGUUCAAUGUGGAGUGUGACUUGUAAGCGAGUCGGGGGUGAUGAAAAUCUGUGAGUCCGGGACCGGGUCCUCAUGGCCGGGCCGCCUUUUGAGCACGGCCCCCCCCAAGGCGGUGGGACCCGUGGGUGCCGGUGAUGGCGACAUGUCAGGGGGUCGUUCGGGAUGGGUGUCCGGGGGUGCGGGGGAGCUCCUUUCGGCUUGAUGCGGUGGAGCUGACGUCAAUGACGCCCGUGCAGGCGUCGGUCAUGCGGCGCCUGGGGAAAGGGCCAAUUGUAGCUCCGCAUCAGCAGGCAUGCAGCCCGGCUCGUCGGACAACUCACCACAACUGGCUCGGACUAAGGGGGGAUGAAACAGGAGCACGUGACACAAAGAUCGGCUUUAGACGCGACGGAUGCAUGUACCGGCUGCGGCGACCCCACGGAAGCUGCACGCAUUAGGGCCGGACCACACACACCACGUCAAUGACGUUUCGGGCGCAACACAAGCGUCCGUCAUCAGAUGGGACAACCACAGCAAGAAACAAUUGCUGAAGUGGGCAAAAGGGCUGCUGCAACAAGAGGCCAU